AUGGAGCUCCUCAACAUUUUUGCCAACUGCUUUAGCAGCAUAAAACAAGACGAUUACCUGUUCGAUGGCCACGAGAAGCCAUGCAACAUCUCUGCCGUUCGCUCCGCCCAAGGAAUAUCAAACGCGGUCGUCGAGCUUCUUCGCACCGCUGAAAAGGAUGGCCCGAUGCUGCGAAGUCAAAUUAACGAUGCUGUCGGCAGCCAAGGCUGGACCGAGAGUAUCGCCCGCGCAAUUGUCGCCAGCCUGGAAGCACUUAUCACACAGGGCCGAGAGAUAAUCGGUUCAGUUUUGGGCGAGUUUAUUGAUAAGGCCGUAGAAGCCACACAUUCUAAUUUCGACUUUCCACGCGAUCACCCGUACUUUACCGCUGGCUUUGCCACCAUCGUUGCUGUCGGCGUGCUGGUGCUCGUGUCACCGUGGGCUGUAUAG